GUAUAACUAUUUCCUGUUUUAGAUUUAUAAUUAUGCACGCAGAAGCAACGCGCCGAAUUCACAAUUAUCCAAACUAGAUCGUAAUAUCACAAUAACAGCUACCUAUCUGAUAGUAUUGGCAAAUUAUAAUGAAAGAAAUGUUGAGCCUCCUUUCAACUCGACCUUAUUAUAACCAUCAUCGGAUUUUUUCUGCAGUAUCGUACUUUUUACGUUGAAUGAAAAAAAAUCGUAAUAUUACAUAUUCGCGUUAUAUUUUACGGCUCGCGAUUGGUUGGUCAAAUUAUAAUUUUUUAUUACGGGGGAAAAAUAUUGAAUGAGAAAAAUCCAGCAAUUUGGAUCACUCACAGAGUCCUGUAAUAUAAUUUAAUUUACACAUCACCAUGCAGCUGCUGCAUAAGUCGCUUGUAUAUAAUAGGAAAGAAAAUAAGUAUCUAACGCAAAAUAAACUGAUAAAAAAUAUUCCCAACUUACAAAUUCGUAGAAGUCUAAAGCAAUCUUGUUGAGCGUAUAUCGACAUAACUAAUAGCAGAUUAUAUUACAAAUAAACAUAAAACUACAAUAUAAUACUAUAUCUAUGAUGUCUGCGUGUUUCUAAUAAUCCAUCGCGUUAAAUAAUUCUAAAAAUGAAGGUUAAAAUAAAAAACAAGUAAUUAAAAAAAAAAAAGAACAAUACGAAAGCGAUGCAUUUUGAUGCAAUCUAUCCGAUUGUAAAUAUUUUUCUCUCUUGCCAUCUGUGGGAUUCGAUUUGCAACAGUAUGGGUCAGAGGCGUCAAUUGAGAACGACGGCGACUGGUGAACAAUAUUAAAAAAAAAAUAAGAAGUAAAAUAAGACAAGGCAAAAAGUCGUUGAUAAGUAACCGUUGACAGCAGCGAAAGCAGAAAAAUUACAAUAACAAUUAUUUAUAAUCGAAAGCGAUAAAACGCAAUGAAAGAAAUACGUGAAGGAGAGUCGAUACUUUUGUCGAAAAGUGUACGGAUUCGAAGAAUAAAAUAAAUUUCAUUGAUGUGCCGUUGUGUAUUAACCUUAUUUUCGCACUUUUUUGACGUUCCUGUGCCUUUAGGCCUUUGGCGUCGAAAGCAACCUCGACGUAAAUCGAAUAAAUGUCGUAACAAGAUAUUUUUCGCAUAUUCUUUGCACAGUAAUUUAUAUUUCGUUAAAAAUCGAGACACCUCAUCAUCAGCGACAAACGCAUGGGAUCAUAUAAAAGAUAUGGAAUCAAAUUACGACGAGGAUCUGAACGUGAAUAUAUUUUUUCAACAAUUGCAGCAUGAGUACACGAGUGUAUUUGAAAAGGCGGUGAACGAGGGUUGGGUCAUUUGCGUUCCUCGUUCAGGCAGCUUUUCCCGAGGCUCUCUCCUAGCCGACGACUUCCUCGGACACAUUUUGGUACCAAGCGAAGAGCUGCCAGCUACUCACUUCCGAACAUUGACUGGCAAGGAAGUGAGGCUAUGCAAUAGGGUCCUAACUGUAGAUUACGACAUCGCAAAGCCAUGCACAGCGCAUAUAUUAUUCGAGGAAACCUUCUAUACCGAAGAUUCACAGAAGUAUCGAAUAUGGUGUGUCGAGCGGAUUCUGGAGCGAAGUUCUAUCACUUCGUACGAGUCCCUGCCCACCUUGACAAAUCUCAGAGAAUGCGUAGAUUUUCUCUGGACGGAGAUAUUGAACAAGGAGGUGCUCGAGGAGCUGGAUAAUGCGGUUAAAGAAUAUCAACAAACUGACCAGGAUCAGCUUGAAGAUAAACCAUUGCAAACUCAGCGUGAUCUUGUUGCUGGUUUGUACGCGAAAAGCCUUCGCAUUGUUCUCAGGGACUCGAGAUUGAGGGAGAAAACAACUGCCAGUAGGCAUUUUCUCAACGGUAUAAAAGUCGCGGUGGAAACAUAUGUUCUUUACGGGUUGAGGAACCUCUUACCAAAAUAUGUUUCCGCUUGCACCGCCUUUGAUGAUGCGUGUCUUAAUAAAACGAUUAAAAACCUGCACGAAUUGCAACUACGGGACCUGGGCGUCAGAUCUGAUCUUUACGGCGGCGCAAUUAGAGGAAAAUUGGAGCUGGCAAGGCUCGAUGGUUUCGCAACGGUUCUGGGAAAAAUAGGCUGCCUUAAACGUGCGGUUCGCUUUGCAUCGCAAGGUGAGAGUUCAGUUUCAUCAGAUGAUUUGCUUCCAGUUCUUAUAUUCUUGGUGAUAAGAGCGGGUCUGCCUAAUUGGAUAGCUCAGCUAACGUUUAUAAAACAGUUUAGGUUUUCAUCGACCUCAGAAUAUGAAACUGAUGAAGCUGGCUUUUUGGUUACUUCUCUUGAGGCAGCCGUUGAGCAUAUCAAAUCUGGAAUGUUGACAGGAUCAGUCCACCCUGAGGCAGACGGCACGUAUGAAUACGUGUCUGGUAAAGACGAGCUGGAAGAAAACAGAGUGGAUGAAGUAUCAAUCAGUCACUUUUUUGACCAAGUAAAACACGGAAAUACGUCAGAAGUUGAGAGAAUACUGUCCAAGGAAACUAUAGAUAAAAUUAGACCGCCAAAUGUUAAGCUAUGUCAUCCUUUAUGCUGCUGUGAAUCGUGUGAAAAAAGUUUAGCCAGGGAUGCAAGGUUCAGUUUACCUACUGUUAAUUCCAGAGAUGACAGAGGAUUAACGGCCCUUCAUAUCGCAGCUUUAUACGGUCAGGCUAACAUGGUGGACCUGCUUAUAAGUCACGGAAGUAAUGUUGAUGAAGUUGAUGCGGAUGGUACUACUGCUUUGCACUGUUCAGCUGCCAGAGGACACCAGAAUACGUUACUCUUAUUACUUCAUGCUGAUGCCGACCCGAGAAUCACAGAUGCUCACGGGAACACUGUCCUCCAUUUAGCGGCUGAUAAUGGUCACGAAGCCUGUGUCAAGGCAAUCUUAUACUUUUUGGAGCACACUAAAUGCCCGAUAGAUCCAAAUUCAUCAAAUACUAAUGGAGACACGCCGCUUCAUUACUCCUCAAAAUGGGGCUAUACUGGAAUAGUGGAAAUCCUUCUGGAACACGGAGCGCAACCCAGAGCUGUUAACAGAAGAGGCCAAACUCCGUUGGUGCUAGCACACAGUACUAGCAUCUCUAAGUUAUUGGAAACUGCGGCGCACAGAGAAUUUUUUUCGACACCUCGCCUGGUGCUAACCCAAUCUUCACCGACAAUGACGCAGUCGUUGAAAACCGAGAAGCAAUUUGAGCCACCUUAUUCCACAGAGAGACUUCGCAGAAUUGAAAGACUCUUGUCAGCAAUUUCUGUGGGUGAUCUUAGACUGGCUUACUACUAUCUCGGCUUAGAGGGACCUGAUCAGAAGCUUGUACAAACUACAGCACCUGCGAUGUGCCACCCACUUUGUAACUGUGAACAGUGUACCUUGAUAGAAGAAGUUCCCGAGGAACAUCAGCGGAAGCCUGCCUUAGGAAUAAAUAGUCGUGGUGGUGAUGGCCAGACUGCUUUGCAUAUUGCCAGCGCAACUGGUCGUGCAGAGUUUGUUCAGUUACUGUUAGACGCAGGUGCAAAGCUUGGUUUUAAAACAAAGUCCAGAGGACAAACCCCGUUGCAUUUCGCAUGUUUAAAUGGUCGACUUGCUGUAACAAAAAUACUUUUAAAUAGCGGAGAAUGCGAUGUCAAUGUUAAGGAUAAUUUUGGAGAUACUCCGCUCCAUUUAGCUUCCAGGACAGGCAAUGCAAAACUUGUUGAAUUGUUAGUUAGACAUGGAGCUAAUCCUAAGAUUCGUAAUUCGAAAGCCAUCACUGCACUAGAAGAAGCUGAAGAAAAAGUUAUGGUCAGUAUAGCUAGAAUACUGAAUGAACAAACCGCUGUUUCUACUUAGCUAUUUGUUGCAGCUGUUAUAAAAAUUACAUACCAAAGCAGUAGACUACGCAUGUUGCCUAAUAAACAGUACCAAUGUUUAUAUUAAUACUUAAUAUUCGUGAAAAAAGUCACUAAAUGGCCAUGGUCUUUGAGAAACCAACAAUCGUUAUUGAAAUUUGUAUUAUUACCAGUGUUUAACAUUUGUGAAUACAGUUCACUGAAGAAAGUGCUCUCAAAGAUGAAAAAGAAUAGCUGUAGUUUAUACUCAAGUUAUUUUAUAUCUUGAAUCACGCUGAUAGGCUACAAUUU